UAGUCGUGGUACAAGAAGGCAAACAUAACAAAGAAUCAGUCGGUCAUACGUUCUCGUACAGAUCAGACAUUGCGCUUGCAUAUAAUUACAGAGUUAAUAACUAUCUUAUCAGAACUUUAGAACACGGCGAUACUGAAGCAUUUAAUUUUGAGAUAAUAAAGGAAGGAGAUCAAAAUGUUUUCAACGAAAAAGAGUUUGGAGAAGAUUCUGCAGAUCUACAAAAAGGAGAUCAGCCGGCAAAUCAGCAAGACGACCAGUGUAACGAACUCCGAUGCCAUGGCUCCCAGGCUGGACCAGACUGUACUGAAGCCGCAGCCCCACGAGGAUGGUAUUCCGAAGAGGUUGCUGAAGUUGCAGAAAUAUCACAGAUUCCUGUCGACCCUGACUUCCCAGGAAAUGCCCAUGGCGACCCGAGGACUGGCCGUUUCCAAGGACCAGUCUCGGGAGUUCAUGGCGUGUUUCCCGGACAUCAUCAGGGACCUCACUGAGACUGGCAAGCAUGAUGAUGUGCCAGAAGCCAGCAAGUGGUUGGCUAAGCUUUUACAGUACAAUGUUCCUAACGGCAAAAAGAAUCGAGGUCUGGCUACCGUACUUGCAUAUAAGAUGCUUGAAAAAAGUGAAAAUCUUACACCAGAGAAUGUUCAUUUGGCGAACAUAAUGGGCUGGUGUACAGAAAUGUUCCACACACAACAGUUGCUUAUGAACGACAUCAUCGAAGGCACGGACAUGCGCCGAGGCGCGCCCUGCUGGUACAGGCGCGCGGACGUCGGCCUCGGAGGCAUCAACGACGCCCUGCUGGUCCAGUCCGCCAUGUUCUCCACCCUCAAACGACACUUCGGAAAUAAGCCCUAUUAUAAGAACGUCUUGGAGACUUUCAAUGAGAUGCUUCUCAAGUGCUCCAUCGGACAGUACCUAGACAAAUCUUUAAUGAAGACCGACAAGCCAGAUCUUUCCCAGUUCACCAUGGGCAAAUACGAAGCCAUCACCAAGUACAAGACUGCCUACUACACCUUCCAAAUGCCAGUCACCCUGGCUCUGCUGAUGGCGGGGGUCGACGACCCCGAGACACAUAGACAAGCGAAAACCAUUCUUUUGGAAAUGGGUGAAUUCUUCCAAAUUCAGGAUGACUUCCUCGACUGCUUUGGAGAUCCGUCAGUAAUGGGAAAGCCUGGCACGGACAUUCAAGACGGUAAAUGUACCUGGUUAGCAGUGGUUGCCCUACAAAGGGCCACACCCGCUCAGAAGCAACUUAUGGAAGAAUACUACGGCAGUUCCAAACCUGAAGAUGUUGCCAGAAUCAAAGAUCUUUAUGAGGAAUUGCAACUACCACACACAUAUUCUGUAUACGAAGAGGCUACUUACGAUCUCCUUAGGACACAAAUACAGCAAGUCACAAGAGGCUUGCCUCAUGACUUGUUUUUCAAAAUCUUAGACAACAUCUUUAGGCGAAGUAUUUCAAAAAGUGAAAAUAAUCAUCAUUUGUUGAGAUUGGAAUGUAAGAGACAGAAGUACAUUUGGUUUAAUAUUUUAUUCAAACCAAAUUCUUCAAGUGAAAGUUUAAGUUUAGUGUACAUUACCGUAAUAAGAAUGAAUACCACCUCAUUUUUGAGACUUAUUAGUAGAACCAGCAAAUUAAUCAAUAACAAUGGGAAAUUUACGAGAUCAAUACAAACAGUAGGCACAAUAAGAACAUCAGCUAAUCUGUCCAUGUACCAGUCCAAGAAGGAAAGAGAAACAUUUCAAGAUGUCUUGCCUUGUAUUAUGGACACUUUGCUGGAGAAACCAUACUUCGCCGAGGUGCCUGAUGUGGCAAAGUGGAUUAGGAGGGUUUUGGAAUACAAUUUGGCUGGUGGUAAGAAGACCCGUGGAUUGACAACAGUAUUAGCUUAUGAAAUGCUUGAGGAACCAGAGAAAAUAACUGAAGAGGCAUUAAGGAUAGCACGAGUCGUGGGAUGGUGUGUUGAAAUGUUACAGGCAUAUUUACUAGUCCUGGAUGAUGUAAUGGACGGUUCGUCGACCCGCCGCGGCGUCCCCUGCUGGUACCGGAUACCAGACGUGGGUUUGGGGGCCAUCAACGACUCUAUCCUAAUUUACACGUCCAUAUUCGACACUUUGAAGACUUACCUUGGUGAUAAACCCAAUUACACCAACAUUGUGGAACUGUUUAAUGAGACACUACUCUUCACGUCAAUAGGGCAACACCUAGACUACACGAUAGCCCACCGCAGCAAAAACGACUACAGUCUGUUUACGAUAGACCGCUACUAUGCUAUCGUCAAGUACAAGACAGCAUACUACUCGUACAAACUGCCCUGCUUUUUAGCUUUGUAUAUGACGAAUAAGACUGAUAAGAAAGCUCAGGAAGCAGCCGAAAGUGUGUUGCUGGAAAUCGGGAAAUAUUUUCAAGUUCAGGAUGACUAUAUCGACUGUUUCUCCGACGAAACAGUAAGCGGGAAAGCGGGUACCGAUAUACAAGAAGGCAAAUGCUCUUGGUUAGCAGUUACAGCGCUACAGCGCUGCAAUACGGAGCAACGAGCGGUGUUUGAAGAAUUCUACGGCAGCAAAGAGCCACAGCAUGUGCAGCGAAUAAAGCAGCUUUAUGAGGAAUUACAGUUACCACAGAUAUACAGGGAACUCGAACAAACUACAUACGAUAGGAUCGUUCAAAAAGCUAAAUCAUUACCAGACACUUUUGGUUCGAACUUCCCUAAAUUAAUAGAAAGACAACUUGACAUGAUAUAUAAAAGAAAACAGUAGUGCUGUUAUUUACGCAGGGUAAUUAUUUAAAGAAUUUUAUACAUACAAUAUAACAAAAAUAAUACGAAUUUGAUUUAUACAUGAGAGAGAAUUUAUAUUAAAUUUCAGUCUUCCUUAUUCAAGUCAAAUGAUUUCAUGAUAGUAUAACUUCUUGUGUAUUUAAAAAAUAUUAUUAUAAGAUUUUAAUUAAAUUACUAUUUAUUAUUGUUGAUA